AUGGGUGUCCCAACCACCGUUUACAUCCACACCAACAUCUACAACUAUAGUAACAAGUAUAAAAAUUUAGAUCGCUUUCAAAACGACGUGAAAAGGUUCCUGAAGGAGUACGAUAGUAUCGUGUUGCACAAGGAUUUGUACAAGCUCGUCUUUAAAAGCUAUCUGCGAGAGAUACGGUUCAAGGUGAAAGCGUUACUCGCCAAGUUCGAGGCGGCUCCAUCGGAUGAUGGCAGCACGCGUCCGGAAAAGGAAAUGUUUUGUUGUGGGCUUCCAUUUACCAACAACGAGCAAUUUCGUAAGCACUACCAAACCGUCCAUAAUGAGGCUUUUCUUGUAUAUACAAAUAGGCUGGAGUUAAAAUCUGCCUUCGCUAAGCUGGACCACAUGCGUCACCGGUUGGACGAGUACACCCGAUUUGGUAAAGAGUACACUUGCGCUCUGCUCGUCGAUCUGAAGCGAAUUUCGAAGAAAAUAUCGUGCACCUUGAAGUUCUAA